AUGGAAGCAAUUGUAAGCAUUGAUGUUCAAAACUGCUUUAUCUUGAUCCUCCUAUGCCUCUUCUCAAUCUUCUUUUACCUUCUCUUCUUCAAGAAAAUAAAGGUUGACUAUAAUCUGCCUCCUAGCCCUCCGUCUCUACCGAUCAUUGGCCAUCUUCACCAUCUCCUCUCUCUUCUAGCCCACAAGUCCUUCCAGAAACUCUCUUCCAAGUAUGGACCUCUCCUCUAUCUUCGCGUCUUUAGUGUCCCCAUUGUUCUCGUCUCCUCUCCAUCAAUAGCCUAUGAGAUCUUUGGGGCACAAGAUGUUAACGUUUCCACUCGCAACUUCCCUAUGCACGAAGGGUCUCUCUUCUUCGGAUCCUUAGGCUAUGUUAACGCACCUUACGGAGAAUACUGGAAGUCCAUGAAGAAGCUCAUCGUCACUAAGCUCCUUGGGCCUCAAGCACUCAAGAGGUCACUAAGUGUCCGUGCAGAGGAGUUAGAGCGAUUUUACUUAGCCUUAUUAGAUAAGGCGAUGAAGAAGGAGAGCGUUGAGAUAGCCGAGGAAGCUAUGAAGCUAAUUAACAACACCAUCUGCAAGAUGAUUAUGGGGAGGAGUUGUUCGGAGGAGAACGGUGAAGCAGAGAGAGUCAGAGGCUUGGUGACCAAGUCAGAUGCUUUGGCGAAGAAGCUUUUCUUGGCAGCCAUCUUGCCCAAACCGCUUAAGAAGAUUGGGAUCUCACUGUGCAAAAAGGAGUUAAUGGAUGUUUCGGGCAAGUUUGACGAGGUGUUAGAGGAGAUUCUUUUGGAAAACAAAGAGAAACUAGAGGAGCAUCAACAAGGUAGUGGCAUGAUGGAUGAGCUGUUGGAAGCUUAUGGAGUUGAAAACGCAGAGUAUAAAAUCACUAGAGACCAUAUCAAGUCUUUCUUUGUGGAUCUUUUUAUUGCAGGCACUGACACCUCCACGCACACUAUACAAUGGAUCAUGGCCGAGAUCGUCAACAACUCCUACAUUCUUGAGAGACUGAGAGAAGAAAUUGAUUCCGUUGUAGGGAAAACAAGGUUGAUUCAAGAAACUGAUCUACCGAACCUCCCUUAUUUGCAAGCGACGGUCAAAGAAGGGCUAAGAUUGCACCCACCCAUCCCUCUUGUGGUAAGGACAUUUCAAGAAAGGUGUAAGAUUGGAGGCUUUUAUGUACCGGAGAAGACAACACUUAUUGUAAAUGCUUAUGCUAUGAUGAGAGAUCCCGAGUACUGGGAAUAUCCUCAAGAAUUUAAGCCUGAGAGGUUUCUAGCUUCUUCAAGAUCAAGCCAAAAAGAUGAGAUAAGAGACGAAGUCCUUAAGUACAUUCCUUUCGGGAGCGGAAGAAGAGGCUGUCCUGGAGCAAAUCUUGCUUAUGUCUCUGUAGGAACCGCGAUUGGAGUGAUGGUGCAAUGCUUUGAUUGGAAGAUCAAAGGUGAUAAGAUCAACAUGAAUGAGUCUGCUGGAAAAAUAGCCUUGACCAUGGCUCAUCCUCUUAAGUGCACUCUUGUUCCUCGAAACCCAACCCCAGUCCCUUUAACUUCAAGUAUGCAAAGUCCCAUCUCUUGACUUUCUUUUGUUGUUUAUCUUAAUCUCAUGGUUAGACAUCUUCUAUGGUUUAUUGUUUACAUCUGGUUUGGUAUGGUUCAUAAUUUCCUUCUUUCAUUUAUCUUUGUCGUAAUGUAAGAUAACUGAAUAUUUCCAAAUCAUAUUCAAAUACUAAUAGACGUAUUCAGUGGUCA